UACAAAUAUGGUUUUAUUAUCUUGGUCCAAAUUCGUGAAGCGGUUCUACAGCUUAUGAAAUAGUUUUCUUUUUUGGUUUAAUUAAUUUGUGCGUUAUUUAAAUGAGAUGUACUUAUGUCUGAUUUUGAAGUAGUGGUAAACACGCUGCAAUCAUUUUUCAUUGGGUACCAUUUUAAAGAUGUGAUUCUGAAGAUUGGAAAGAUGUUCUGAUUAUCGUGGCACAAGUUCGAGGAGAGAAUCUACGGCUUAUGAAAAGAACAACACUUUUGUGCUAUGUAAUUUGUUGCAAUAUAGAACAUAUGUGUCUUAUUUAUUUCGUCGAAUUGUUGAGUUUAUGCUAAUUUAUGCAAACGUCAUUUUAAGAAUUUCACGGUUUAAAACCUUUGUCGUAUCCUGUGUUUGCGUCUUUCUUGACUGACCGUUGAAUCGUUGAUGUCAACGGUUUUCCUGUAUUAUCGAAGCAAUCAUUACUUUUGCGAGAAAAGUUAAUUCAGGAUUAUAUUUAAAUCUUUUGUGCUCUUCUCGUUUUCGUGUAACGCUAAAUGAUGAAGCGCACUGUUGGUCGUCCAUCGAAAUACACGUUUGACGUGAAUGCAAUUGUUGCAGCUAUGUCACAUGUGUCUGGCGACCAAAACGAUUCUUACAGAAAGUCAAAUAGCUUCUGGGGAAAAAUUUUAGUUGAACUUGGGAUUAGAAACAAAUUGCUUGCACGGAGAAACCUAUAUCUUCGCUGGCACGAUAACCGGAAUGGCAUGCGAUCUGCAAUCGAGCAUGGGCGAUUAGAGUUAUCAAAUGCUGAAGAUCUGUUAGCUAGCCAUGACAAUAAAUAUAAUGAUAAUGCGCAUCACCCGUCGUCGGGUCGCGAGUUUUUGCCAUUUUUAGAGUCCCGACCAUUUAACACUCAUAGUGGUGAAUGCGCAGGAAACGACCAUUAUGAUUUUGGCCAAUCAGCGACUGACAGUGAUGAGGCUAGCGAGGAAUUCGACAUGGUCACUACCCAGAAGCAUUUAACUGGAGAUAUUCAUUACACUAAAGAAAGUGAACAUGGAGAUGCAUCUUCCAUUAAACAAGAUUCAAAAAAAGAAGUUUCAAGCAGACACACCAACAAUGUGGUCAAAACCUUAGCACAAUCCAAUAAAGAAAACAAAUGCAUAAAACGUAGAAGAUGCAUACCGAAAGCCCAUACUCCAGAAAGGAACAACCAAAACUAUGGUGUCUCUGUCAAAAAGAAGAUUUGUGCUAGCAAAAAAUCCCGCAAUAAAUACCGUCCACAAGAACUGCUGUCACUUUCAGACAAAGAAACUGAUGACAAUGAUCCAAUGCACGUUUUUGGCACAAAUGAUAUUCACGAGGAGGGUGUCCUGGAGUCACAUGGAGAAAUGGAAGACGUGGUCGAUAACAGAGAAUGUAAUGUACUUUUACAUCCUUCUUCACCGUGCAUUGAUGAAAAAGAUGAAAACAUAUGUAUUUCAGAUCGUGUAUCUUACAGCAUGGAAAGUAGUCCGUCGAUUGAGAAAGUCAUUUAUCACUCUGACGAAUUUCAAAAAUGUCAUUCCUAUGAUUAUAAGGAAGAGGAAAAAGUACAACUGACUGACUUCUCAAGCAAGUGGCGCGAUGAUUGUAAUGAUAAAAAAGUAUCAUCUCCCUCAGCAUUUUUUGCAAAACUUUGA